AUGAGCAGUGGGAUAAGUCAGCUCCUCGAGCAGAUACACGAAUUUUCAAGAAGAUGUUUGUUCCGGGUCAUAUCUGUGGGUCCUUUACCCAUUCAUCUUGCCUUUAUCAUGGAUGGAAACAGAAGGUACGCAAAGAAGCGAGGUCUAGAAGAUGGCUCUGGUCAUAAAGUCGGGUUCUCUGCGCUUAUGUCCAUGCUACAAUACUGCUACGAGCUAGGUAUCAAGUAUGUAACUAUAUACGCAUUUAGCAUAGAUAACUUUAGAAGAAAACCGGAGGAGGUUAAGUCUCUAAUGAAUUUGAUGCUGGAGAAGAUCAAGUCUUUGCUUGAUAAAGAGAGUAUAGUCCAUGAAUACGGGAUACGUGUGCAUUUUAUCGGUAACUUCGCGCUUCUAAGUGACCAAGUGAGAGCUGCUGCAGAAGAAGUCAUGGAGGCGACUGCUAAGAAUAGUCGUGUACUGCUUCUUGUGUGCGUUGCCUAUAACUCUACAGAUGAGAUCGUACAAGCUGUCAAGAAAUCUUGUACGAACAAGUUAGUUGAACACUCUGAGGGUAGAGAUAGAGACAUAGAGAGAAUACAGUUGGUGAAUAUUGAGGAGACUAUGCAGAUGAGAGUGGCUCCGGGUCCUGAUAUACUGAUACGGAGUUCUGGAGAGACGAGACGGAGCAACUUUCUUUUAUGGCAAACAGGUAGCUCUCAGCUUUUCUCCCCUGAUGCUCUGUGGUCUGAGAUUGGCCUUAGGCAUUUGGUCUGGACUAUAUUGAACUUUCAGAGAAGUCAUUCAUACUUAGAGAAGAAGAAGAAGAAACCGUUGUGA